AUGCCACGCUUCCUUGGCCUUCGGGGCAAUAGCCUCCAUAUAGCAGCCAUUCUUGGGGUGCUCAUGCCUGGGAUCCUUACCAUAGGCUACAAUGCAUCACUACUCGGGGGGGUCUUAACACUGAAGAACUUCGAAGAACAAUUCCCCGAAAUCAACAUUGCCGCUGCCGAUAAUAAACCGCAUGCGUCGACGGUCCAAGGCCUUGUUGUAGCCUCUUACACAAUAGGAGGGUUCUUUGGCACUCUCUCCUGUAUAUGGUUAGGUGACAUAUUUGGCCGGCGACGCACAAUAAUGGCUGGAGCAGUCGUCCAAGUCAUUGGAGUUGUUUUGAUGGCUAGCGCAGGCUCUCUCGCUCAACUCAUUAUAUCUCGGGUCAUCCUCGGUUCAGGCACUGGUGUUCUACUGGCCACAAUCCCUCUUUGGCAAUCUGAGAUAUCGCCUGCCAACAAGCGUGGUGCUCAUGUUGGCAUGAAGGGGAUAUUCAGCGGUUUUGGCUGUGCCCUUGCCCUUUUUCUCGACUUUGGAAUGUCAUUCACCCAAGGCAGCAUCGCCUGGAGGUUUCCUUUCGCGUUCGUGGUGCUGCUUUCCAUCGCUGUCUUAGUUUUCAUCUACGUGUUACCAGAAUCCCCCCGGUGGCUUGUCCGAGAAGGCCGACUCUCUGAGGCUAGUGAAGUUCUGGCAGCUCUCGAAGAUAUAUGUGUCAACGAUCAAGCCGUGAAAGCAAAAAUCAAGGAUGUCCAAACAUCACUAGACUUAUUUGAGGAAAAGUCACUUGGACAAAUAUUCCACAUGGGGCCCCAAAGAACUUUUCACCGAGCUAUUAUUGCUGCCUUGGCAAUGCUGUUCUUGCAACUCACCGGCUCUACGGUCAUCACCUUUUACACAACCGCAAUCUUCGAAAACAAUCUUUCGCUGGGUAAUUCAACAUCCACAGUUCUAGCAGCAGUCUACCAGUUAGUCGGUCCCAUUGGCGGGGCCUUCUGCGUUUUCAAAAUCGACGGACUUGGUCGCCGUGUAUUGCUUCUAGGCAGUGCAAUCGGAAACGUCGUCUGUCUGGCUCUAGUAGCUGGUCUCGGAACCCAAACUGAUAAUCCACUUGCGAUGCGCGGUGCUGUUUUCUUCAUUUUCCUGUUCCAUUUCAGCUACAUCAUUGGAUUUGGCGCGAUACCAUAUCUCUACGCCGCGGAGAUUGCGCCUUUGCAUCUACGCACGACUAUCAACAGCUUCAGCAUCAGCAUAUCAUGGGCAGUCAGCAUCCUACUCACUGCUGUCACACUCAUUGCAUUCAACAGCAUGGGACAGACAUACUUUGUGAUUUUCGCAGGCUGCAAUGCGAUGAUGAUACCCGUUAUCUAUUACCUGUUUCCCGAGACUGCCGGGCGCAGUCUCGAGGAAAUGGACAAGAUCUUUGCCCUUUGGCGUGGUGCCUUUGAUGCUGUCAAAGUUGCUCGGCAUCUUCAACAUGGACAAUCAAUUGACCUGUCGCUUGAGAACGAACUUGAUCCAAAAUUCAAGUGCCUGGAGUUUCAGCUACCGAGGAAUCUCCAACAUAAAAGCCCGCCCGUAUCCAGCAUCAACACACCACUUCAAAUCCCUCAUCUACAAAGCAUGUCUUCAAAAAAUCAAGUUAAGGAAACCAGACUGCAUAUGGAGCAGCGCGGCUUCUUGAUGGAACUUGAGGCUACUAUCGAGGCCCUCGGUAAGCACAGACUUGACGCGACGCAACUCAAGGAAUUGAAUGUCAACCUCUGCCGUAUGACUGUCGAUCAAACCUCAGAGCUCGAGCCCCGCUUCUUCGCACCAAGACCCAACCUCCCGCAACCCAGGUAUGAGAUACUCGAUGAGGCCUGUGAAGUUGCGGAUCCUGAGCAGUGUUUCACAGACCCAUACUCUCGUGCAUAUGCCAUUCACAUUGAGUGGAACACUUAUGUCUUCCACGACGUGGAAUUCCUCGAUAGCGCGCCAUGGCGUUCGAUGCAUGCCGGGCGCGACUUCCCGCAUUUCAAAGCAGUCAUAUACAACGACCUGGAGGCCGACAAUGAAACUUGUUUCCGUGGAGACCUCUUGAUCAGCCUUCGCCUAAUGCUGGGCCAGUUAACAAAAAUUCGCUUGGUUCACCAUAAUAUCGCACCAGUUUUAAUGGUCUCAUUGAUGGGAAAGCAUGCACGUCUAUUGGAGUCCUAUUCUGAUUCAUCAUCAAAAUCUUUUGUCAUGCGCUCUUCUGAUCUGUACGAAUUUUCCGACCAGACGUCGAUAUCGAAAGCGCUCAAGACCCUCGCCGAAUAUUUCCUUGGCGAUCCAGCAGGGAAGACGGUCUAA